AGGAGGAGGAGGAGGAAAAGGUGGAAGAGGAGGAACAAUCGACUUCUAGCUUCGAGAGUACGCUCGAGUCUGGCACGCGAUUGGCUGUCAGUUUAAAAUGUUGGUUAUUGCGGGCGAUGCCGUGCUAAUGUUGUGACGUUAAGCGUUUUCCUAGAGUCGCACGUCGCACGUCGCACGUUGCACCGCGCGCUGCGCGCUUGAAAGAGAGUUGGAGGAAGACGGAACGUGUAACGUGUAGUCGCGGCGUUGCAGUUGCACGCGAGGCCUGGCCGAGAAUACGUUGCAAGCUUUCGGCGAUUAUGGCUGCCGCCGUGAGCUCCCCUAUCCGUCUAUUACCGAUGCGCGCCUUGCGCUGAAAUGUUUGCGCCGCGUGUCCUGACGAGACCGAUAUCGCCAAUCGUACAUUCUUGCAGAAUGUGGAAAAUUUAUCGCCGCAAAUUAUCCGCCGAGUGGCCAAGGAGAUGGCAGAAUUGGCCGCGCAACCACCCGAGGGUAUUCGUGUCAUUUUGAACGAGGCGGACAUCACCGAUAUCCAAGCUGUCAUCGAAGGCCCGUCCGGGACUCCGUACGCUGGCGGUUUCUUUAGAGUUAAACUAGCUCUUGGAAAAGACUUCCCGCAAGGACCACCAAAGGCUUAUUUCCUCACAAAGAUUUUUCAUCCCAAUGUAGCAAAAAAUGGCGAAAUAUGCGUUAAUACUUUAAAAAAGGAUUGGAAACCAGAUCUUGGAAUACAACAUAUAUUACUGACCGUAAAAUGUUUACUAAUAGUGCCAAAUCCUGAAUCUGCUUUGAAUGAGGAAGCUGGCAAAUUACUCUUAGAAAGUCACGACGAAUAUUCAGAACGAGCAAAAAUGAUGACUGAGAUACAUGCACAGGGAGGCGGUAAAGGUAGUAAAGCGGGUCUGGAAAGUUGCGCCUCUUUGGAAAGCGGGGGACCUCUUCCAAAAAAACAUGCGGGUGAUAAGAAACUAACGGCGGAAAAGAAAAAAAUGUUAAAGGACAGGAAGAGGACACUGAAAAGAUUAUAAAAAUAAAUCAUUAUUUAUCUGUCUUUUGUAAUUUAAAAUAUUGAUGCGGGGUAAAAUGUUGCCUCGUAUUGUAUACAAUUAUUAUUGCAUAGUAAAAUUUUAUUAUCUAAACGUGACUGAUCUUAUUAUUAAAUAUUUAGAGAAUUUGAUAUUUCUGAUAGUAUGUAAAAAAAAUACGAGAAGAAAGGGAAAGAGAAAAAUUGAUCUACAUUUUGUGGAAGAUAAAGUACAAUUCUGUAGCAAUCUCUAUAAUUGCAGGCUGAAUAUUAUAGUAAUAGCCUGCUCUCUAUGCUAUUUAUUAGCAAAUAUUUUUACAUAUGUACAAAACGAUAUACAAUGUGAUUAAGUAAAAUAAAAUGUGUCUUCGCAAAG